UCCUCGUCCUCUUCCUCCUUCCUCCUUCCUCCUUCCUCCUCCUCCCUCCUUCCUCCUCCUUUGGAAAGAGUGUUCUUUCUUGAGAGAGAUAUCAGUCCCAAAGAAGCCAUAGUCACCACCCAUCAAUAUAUUAUUAGUGCUUCCCUCUUCGAACUGAUCUCUUUCGAGGAGGAGACGGCAACCCGUUAUUCAUGUGCAAGAACAUCAAGAACAUAAAGGAGAAGAGAGAAAGGGAAAGAUAGGGACAACGAGGAGACAGAAAGUGAAGGGUUUCAAUUCAUUUCAAGAAGGAUUUCCAAGCAGUACAAGAAGAAGAUAAGAGAAAGAGAUAUUAUGAAGGGGGCUAUGCUGGGGUGCUGAAAAGCAAAGGAUAAAAAAGAGAUGAAACUAACAUGGGAAUAGCGACGCACCCGCCUAGCCUGCUUGCGCCGACAGUUUCCGCUCACUCACGGAGUACUCAAGUUCCAGCUGCACCACUAAACGAGCUGAACUCGACUACUUCUAUGUCACAGAGCCACCGCCCAGGCAUCUUUGGCUUCUCGAAUGGGUUGAGACCAGAACCUACCACGGCGCAUCAGAUCGGAGGGGAAAAGUUGAGAGAGCAGGCCUUCGAGCCGCCACCCUCAGUACCACUGGUUGGCAUAGGCCAAGACGGACCUUGUGGGCCCCCGGAGUAUGAGGCAACCGGGAUGUUAUCGGAGAUGUUAAGCUUUCCUAUUUCGGGCACCAGAGCCGCCACCAGCGACCUGCCAGAGCACGCAGUUCUGCCAAGUUAUAGGGUGGGCCACAUCCCAGCACCACCACGGCUGGAGGGGGAGAUGGCUGGCGAGUUAUGGUACGGAAGUAGACAGAGUGGUAGCGGUAGCGGUUCUAGCAGUUUUUUGCCACCGGUGCAGUUCCCCACCUGGCUUCAUGAGAGUAGCCACAACCUGAAUCAAGAGAACUACCAAGGGCUUUCUUUAUCCCUCUCCUCUUCAUUAAAUCACUUGGAAGUCCCAAAGGUAGAGGAACAACUAAGGAUCAACAACAUAGGAGAUGGCGGGCUUAUGUUUUACAACAAUAACCAAUACGCGUAUAAAUCACAUUUGGGUGUUGGACCUGGGCUUUUCGGGCCGUCUUCUUCUACGAAUUCAACUUCUACGCAGGGAGUCAUGAAUGCUUUGAGGAAUUCUAGGUAUGCGAGGGCUGCUCAAGAGCUGUUGGAAGAGUUUUGCAGUGUUAGCAAUGGCAAUGGGAGGGCUCAGAUCAAGAGGAACAAAUUCGGCAACACCAACUCAAAUCCUAGUUUAAUGAAUUCAUCAGCAAGUGGCGGCGGCCUCGCCGCCGGCUCAUCGUCCACAUCAUCAAAGGAUCUUCCACCUUUAUCCGCCCCGGACCGAGCAGAACAGCAACGAAGGAAGGCCAGGCUUUUGUCCAUGCUUGAUGAGGUGGAAAGACGAUACAACCAUUAUUGUGAGCAAAUGCAGAUGGUGGUGAACUCAUUCGACACGGUGAUGGGGUAUGGAGCAGCCGUACCAUACACAACCCUUGCCCAGAAGGCAAUGUCUCGGCACUUCAGGUGUCUAAAGGAUGCAAUUGCUACAGAGCUAAAGAGCACCUGCGAGCGGCUCGGGGAGAAGGAUGCUUCUGGUAGCUCGGGAAUAACCAAGGGAGAGACUCCGCGGCUGAAGAUGCUAGAGCAAAGCUUGAGGCAGCAACGGGCAUUCCACCAACUAGGCAUGAUGGAUCAAGAAGCUUGGAGACCUCAACGGGGCUUGCCGGAACGCUCAGUCAAUAUACUGAGAUCCUGGCUUUUCGAGCACUUUCUGCAUCCGUAUCCGAGCGAUGCUGACAAGCUCCUCUUAUCUCGACAGACUGGUCUAUCCAGAAAUCAGGUAUCAAACUGGUUCAUAAACGCCAGGGUCCGGCUAUGGAAGCCCAUGGUGGAAGAGAUGUACCAGCAAGACUUCAAAGAAGCCAAUGCAGAAGGUGAAACAGAAAAAGCCGAAGAAGCAGUCGAAGCCGAAGCACGAGCAGCAGUCGGUGAAAAUGACCCUACCUUCCCAGUAUUCAAUACUGCCCACCGAAACUACUCAGAAACCCAACCGAGCCACCUAGCUACCACUGGCAGCACUCCCACCCCUGCCACUGCCGCCCGUACAGCGGCAAUGGCUCAUGGGCACUAUGGGGCAAGCGCCACCACUCCCGGUUUUAUGGAGUCAGCAUCUACUUCCUCCAACCUGCUGAGGUCCACCGCCAGCGGGGACGUGUCGCUCACUCUAGGGCUUCAUCAGGGCAGCGGAAACGGUAACAAUAUGGUGGCAGAGAAGGCUCAUUUUCCGGUUAGAGAUUUCGGGGGAUUGUAUAAUUAGUAUUGCUUACUGAAAAGUGAAACCGGAGGAUAAAAUGUAUCCUAAAACUGCACCUUUUUUUUUUUGGUGAUAUAUGGAAUGGUAUAGAUUGAAAGAUAAAGACCGAUUAGCAUUUUAGCUAGAUAGUUAUAAAUAACUGUCUGUACGUACAUGCAUCAAUUUUUUUUUUUUAUGUAACUUGUAUAUUUAAAGUAAUUGAUCCGACUAAGUUCCAUUAA